AUGACAGAUUAUAAGUGGGAAGUUGGGACAAUAUUUGCUGAUAAGGCUAACUUUAUUGAGGCCAUUAGAACUUAUGUUGUGCAUACUGGGAGGGCUUUGAAGUUUGUUAAAAACGAUAAGCAUAGGGUGAGAGUUAGAUGCAUGGGUGGACAAGGUAAGUGUCCAUGGACAGCUUACUGUGGUUAUUUACCAACCCGACCGUUUUGGCAAUUAAGGAAAAUAAUGGACACCCAUAGUUGCAGCAGGCAACUUAACAUUAAGAUAAUGAAUACAAAGUGGUUGAGUGAAGAAAUAGAUAGGUUUUUACAAGACAAUCCAAACUUGAAGGUGCAAGAUAUACGACAAAAAGAUUUACGUAAAUGGAAUACUAAGAUUUCCAUCUCCAAAGCCCGAAGGGCAAAGUUGAUGGCAACAAGGCAACUUAUUGGAGAUUUCAAAGAACAGUAUAGAAGAAUACAUGAUUAUGGACAUGAACUUUUGAGGUCUAAUCCUGGGUCAACAGUUAAGGUGGAGGUUGAUAGUGUUAAUGGUGAGACAGUGUUUAAAAGAUUCUAUGUUUGCUUGAAAGGUUGCAAGGAAAGUUUUGUGAGUUGUAGACGAAUUAUAUGUUUAGAUGGAUGCUUUUUAAAAGGCCAGCAUAAGGGAGAGUUGCUCACUGCAAUUGGAAGGGACCCAAAUGACCAAAUGCUUCCCCUUGCAUAUGCCAUUGUUGAGGUCGAGAACAAAGAGACAUGGAGUUGGUUUCUGCAGUUAUUGAUAGCAGAUCUUGGAGGAAAUGAAGUGUGUGGUAGGUGCACAUGGAUGUCUGACCAACAGAAGGGGUUGGUGCACGCUAUAGAGGAACUUUUGCUUAAGGCAGACCAAAGAUUCUGCAUGAGGCACCUAUACGCAAACUUUGGAAAACAGUUCCCUGGUCAGACUUUGAGGACGCUGAUGUGGAAGGCUGCCACAAGCACGUACCCCCAGGCAUGGGAGAGAGAAAUGCUGAAUAUAAAACAGGUCAACAUAGAAGCUUAUAAAUACCUGAUAUCCAUCCCCCCAGCCAUGAACUAUUGCAAUGAAGACCCAAAAAAAUUCAUACCCUCUUGCUUCACAAGAACGACAUAUGAAGCCACUUAUGCCGCAAUGAUUUAUCCUAUCAAUGGCCAAAUGCUUUGGGAAAAAACAUCAUUUGUGGAUGUCCUGCCACCAGUUAUACGAAAGAUGCCUGGUCGGCCAAAGAAAAAAAGAAAAUUGGAGGCCUGGGAGUUAACAAAGGAUGCGACCCAAAUGAAUAUUGGUGGGCACAGGAAAAAAUGUACCAUCUGCCGUAAACUGGGACACAACAGAAGCAAGUACCCCUUACAUCCACCCAUCACAGAACCAACAUGUCCCUCUGACUCACAAACACAAAUACCCAAUCUUCAAUCCCCGCAGCCACCACAACCUACUCAGGAGUCCAGUGCACAUUCAACUCCACCAAUCAUGAGGAAGAAGUUACCUUUCAAAAGAAGAAUGAAUUAG